AAGUCAGGGCUUGAAAGAGCAAACAAAACCGGGGGACGAUGCGGAAAGACCCGGCGGGAAAUCGUGGUCUCCAUAGAGACGCUAUCGGAAGUUGGGGUUGCUAGGAGGCCUGGGCGCGUCAGCUAAUCUGCGUCAUGGCUGAAGUCCCAGAAGAUUAUGAUUCCGACCACGAUGAAGGAGACCUGGGGUCUGAGAGACCAGAACUGCCUGGACCUUUCAAAAUGGCUGAAGAUGCCGAACCAGACAUCACGGCAGAGGCAGGCCCGGAGCUACCUGAAGAAAUUGACCAAGAGCCACAGCCGGAGAUGGAGGAAGAGGACUCCCAAGAGCAGGCGCCAGAGAAUGCUGAGAAUGUACACCCACACCUAAAACCAGCCAGGACGUCGGAGGAAGAGAUUCCCGAGGAGUCCGAGAUAGACCUUUCUAGCAAGACCGAGCCAGGGAUUCCCCAAGAGGUAAAGUCAGAGACAUCCGGAGAGAUGAGAGGAGAGCUUUUCAACGAUUUGGAGGUCUCUAUGGAUGAAAAGCCUGAGGAACCAGACCUAGAACCACUAGAGGAUGCUAAACCAGAUGAUACAGAGGAUGUACUCAUGGAGUCAGCUAAAGAAACACAUCUAGAAAAGGAAACGGAGUCUGAGGUUUCAGGGGCCACAAUCAGUGAGACAAGGUUAGAGUUAGUAGAAGAGACCAAACCAGAAGUUCUGGAGGAAUCAUUUAGAGAGCAAUAUAAAGAAGUAAAUCUAGAAUCUCUAGAGCAGAGCAAACCUGAAUUUCUAAGUGAGAAACCAAGAAAAUCAAUUGAAGAGGCAGAUCUACAGCCACCAAAGAUGACCACACUAGAGAUUCCAGAGGAGACACAAAGAGAGUCACCUGAAGAGAAAAAGAUUGAGCCAUCUGAGCAGACUAAACCAGAGUUUCCAAAGGAAAAACCAAGAAAGUCUAUGGAGGAGGCAGGUCUAGCGCCUCCAGAAGAGACACAAAGAAAAUCAACUGAGGAGAAAGGGGUAGAGCCAUCGGAGCAGACUAAACCAGAGUUUCCAGACCAGAAACCAAGUAAGUCUACUGAGGAAACACGAAGAAAGUCAACUGAGGAGAAAGUUCCAGAGCCACUAGAAGAGAUCAAAUCAGAAUUUUCUGAGGAAAAAACAAGAAAACCAAUUGAGGAAAUGGGUCUAGAGCCAUCAGGAAAGACCAAAGCAGACAUUCAAGAGGAGACACAAAGAAAGUCAACUAUGGAGAAAGUUCUAGAGCCACCAGAGGACACUAAACCAACAGAUCAGAAAGAUAAGCAGAGAAAAUCAACUGAGGAGACAAGACUAGCACCACCACAGAAGACCAAAUCAGAGGAGACACUAAGAGAGUCAACUGAAGAGAAAGGUCUAGAGCCACCAGAACAGACUAAACCAGAGUUUCCAAAGGAAAAAAAAAGAAAAUCAACUGAGGAAAUGGGUCAAGUGCUACCACAGAAGACCAAAUCAGAGGUUCAAGAGAAGACACAAACAGAACCAACUAAGGAGAAAGAUCUAGAGUUACCAGAUAAAGCCAAACUACUACUUAGAAGAGAAACAUAUGUAGAAUUUGGCAAAGAAGAUGGGCCAGAACCAAUCAAAUUUAAGCAUUCUGUAGACAAGGGCGAUCGGGAGCACUCCAACUAUCAAACAAGAAAGUUGUCAGUAAAAGAAACUGAAAAUGUUACAAGAGAUUCUGUGUUAGGGUCUCUUACAGUGAGUGAAGUAGACUCAGUGAGUACAGAUUAUGAGUUUUCUCAAGAGCCCCAGAAACUGUUUGAACUUACUGAUACCAAUAAUGACUUAUACUCAGAUCCCUCAGAAUCCCAGAGGGAGUUAAGAGAGUCCUUUAGUGAAAAGAAAGUUGUAGAUUUGUCCCCAGAGUUGAAGAAACUGGAACCUAAAGACAAAGAAACCCAGCCAAAAGGAAGUAUUGAGCUACAAUUUGAGUAUCUUAACUGGAGCCCAGAGGAAGUUGCGGAGUGGAUUAGCCAGCUAGGCUUCCCUCAAUACAAGGAGUGUUUUACCACAAACUUCAUCAGUGGCCGAAAACUCAUCCAUGUAAACUGCUCAAACCUCCCUCAGAUGGGGAUAACAGAUUUUGAGGACAUGAAGGUAAUUUCUCAGCAUACUCAGGAGCUACUGGGCAUUGAAGAGCCAUUAUUCAGACGCAGCAUCAGCCUUCCCUAUAGGGACACUAUCGGCUUAUUUUUAGAGCAGAAAGGUCAUACCGGGGUAAAAUCUGAUGCCUUGACCUUCUCUGAAUUUGUGCAAGCAGCAGGAUUACAGGAUUAUGCUCCACAAAUGACUGCCCCUGAAGAGAAUGAAGCAUUAUAUUACUCUGAACCAUAGGGAAAAGCCA